AUGGAGCCUAACGCCUUCCACAGAGAGUUUCGCCAUGCGUGCUUCGUUGGCGACAUGCCAAAAAUCCAUGAAGCAAUCGCCACGGGCUUAACCGUUGAAGACCUUGACGUCGGACUUCAACAUGCAACACUAUCGUCACACGCUGAUGCGGUGGCUACUCUUUUUGACGCCGGUGCUCGUGUCUCAGUAAGGACAACAGACUCCCUCCACGGAGAAGACCUCUACCAAGACCCUUGGAUUGUCCGCCUUUUCCUAGACAACGGCUUGGACCCCAACGCGAGGACUUCUAGCGGCCAACCGAUACUCCAUUUGCAUUCUAAUCCUUCGGCUGCUGCUGUAUUGCUUUCCGCCGGCGCGGACCCUAACCUCUGCGGACCCAGAGGAGUCCCUCCCCUCGGCACAGCUAUUGUGAGCACUAAGGAACCAGAUACCUCUAUACUCGAGCUAUAUUUCGAAUACGGCGCAAAAUUGGAAUCAAAUCUGCUCUUAUACUCUGUCCGUCCGCGUGUACAGCAGCGCAAACUGAUGACCCGCUUUCUGCUUGACAGGGGCGCAGACCCGAAUGUGACUUCCGACGAUUGGGGCACACCUCUACACCUCGCUGCGAGGCUCGGCGACGUGGAACUCGCGAAGAUGCUGCUGGAGGCUGGCGCGGAUCCGACUGUCCUGUCUGUUGGUAGGAAGAUCGGCAAAAAUGAAAAGACACCGGCGCAGAUGGCUGAGUACGUGACGGAACCCGAGAAGCGCGAGGCGAUGCUCAGUCUCUUCCAGGGUUACUCUCGCUAA